AACGCUAUCAGUGGCUGGUCUUUUCAGCUCUUACGGAUGGAGGAUGGUGGACUAGGCCUCGCUGCUUUGUCGGGACUGACUGUCCAAUUAUGGGAAAGGAAACUUAACUGUGACGGUGUUGUCGGAUGGGUGUUGCUGCAGAAAACCAUUCCUUUGGAGGGGUUGCUUCCAAGCACAAAGCCUUUGGUAUUUAUCGUGGGGUAUGAUGAGGACACAAAUGCGAUUGUUCUGUCUACGGGGAUUGGCAACUUCAUGAUCCAACUUGACUCAAUGCAGAUCAAACAUAUCAUUAAAAGAAAUGACAUGUGUAUUGACAUGUUUUAUCCCUACCAUAAUUUCUACACUGCAGGCAGGGGAGUUGGGUGGAAAUGGGUGGAACUGGAACUUUGAACACUUGUGAUAUAGUAAUGUGCUAUCUUGGUUUGAAUGAGUGAGGUAAAUUUUUGUGCAUGUUAUUUGUAUGUCUUUAAGGCAGCAUAUCUUUUUGUCUUGGAUACUUAGUUUAGAAGAUGAUGCAUGAUUUAUUGUUGUAGGUUGUAAUGCGUUAAUGUGAAUAAAUUCUAAACUGUCUAGUUCCCACAUUUCUAAAUAAUAUGUUGUUGAUCUAGAUCAAUCUAAGAAGUCUAGUCUUAACCUCUCUUUGACGCAUUCAGUCACUGAUCUUUUAUGACCUACUGCGAUCAUAUGUACUCAUGUAGCAAAAAACAUGAGGACAUUGCUGUCAACCAUUACAGAAUAUUGUUCUUCUAUUGUUGUUCUCUGUUUGUAUUAUUGUUCUUUUAAUAGUAUAAUUUUGAUUAGCACAAUGAUUCAGCUUUAGAUUCUUUUAAAUUAUAUAAUUUGCACAAUUGAAAAGUUAAAAUAUACCGUUGAAAUCAUGCAGAAAUUUGAGUUCUUCUGGGAAGUAGUAGUGCCAAUUGGGUUACUCACAUGACACUGAUUGUUCUGCAGGUACCUCGAGUUAUACAUGGGUUGCUGAAAUGAAGAAAAAUGUCUAGUUGGUUUAGUCUGCUCCAUAUGCUGAAGCAUGUGAUGUGGUUGACGCUGAGAUUGCACCUCUGUAGUAUGUAGGUUGUUCUGCUUUUAUGUACGGUUGUCCAGGAAGUGGAAUUUGUUGGAUUUAAUUGUCUCAGCUUGUGUUCGUUAUUAAUGACUUGUA